AUGUUCUGCAGCCGUGUAACACUAGCAGCAACUGCUGUCAAGCGCUCCGUGCCCUCAUUCCGGACUCUGGCCACCGCAGCCCCGGUCGGCUCUGCUGCCCAGAACCACAAGGUCGUGGUUAUCGGUGGUGGCACCGCCGGUCUCGCUGUCAGCCACCAGCUGCUUCGCUCGGGCAAAUUCGUCCAAGACGACAUUGCUGUUGUCGAUCCUUCAGAAUUCCACAACUACCAGCCUGGAUGGACGCUGGUCGGUGGUGGUCUCAAGAACAAAGAGGAUCUCCGAAGACCGUUGAACAGCUUGAUUGAUCCUAAGCUCAAGUUUUAUAACAACGGCGUCGACACUUUCUCCCCCGAGGACAACUUCCUCACUCUGGGCAAUGGCGACAAGGUCAACUACGAGCACCUGGUUGUCGCGCCGGGUAUCAGCGUGAACAACGGUAGCAUCAAGGGCUUGCCCGAGGCUCUUGCUGACCCCAGCUCUAUGGUCUCGUCGAUCUUCAGCUACAACACCUGUGACAAGGUCUUCCCCACCAUUGAGAAGCUCAAGAGCGGUAAUGCCAUUUUCACCCAGCCCGCCGGCGCUAUCAAGUGUGCCGGUGCUCCCCAGAAGAUCAUGUGGCUCGCCUUGGACCACUGGAAGCGAGCUGGUCUGUACAACCCCAGCAACCCAUCCGAGUCCGCCAUUAAGAUCAGCUUCGCCACCGGUCUCCCCGUCAUGUUCGGUGUGCCCAAGUACAACGCCAAGCUUGAGGAGCUGCGCAGAGAGCGCGGCGUGGAGGGACUCUUCCAGCACGACCUCGUCGCCGUCGACGGCAACACCGCCACCUUCGCCCGGCCCGACGGACAGGAGCAGGUGAAGAAGGAGUUUGACCUCCUUCACGUUGUCCCCAAGAUGGGACCCCACGCUUUCAUCAAGAACAGCGCUCUCGCCAACGAGGCUGGUUUCGUCGACGUCGACGACAACACCACCCGCCACAAGAAGUUCUCCAACGUCUGGUCCGCCGGUGACGCUUCCAGUCUGCCCACUUCCAAGACCGCCGCGGCUGUCACUGCCCAGGCACCCGUCCUCGUUGACGGUGUCCUCAAGGCCUUGGAGGGCAAGGAGUCCGAGGCCAGAUAUGACGGCUACACCUCGUGCCCUCUCACCACCGAAUACGGAAAGGUUCUCCUUGCCGAGUUCAAGUACGGCGGAGUGCCCAAGGAGACCUUUGGCACUCUUAUUGACCAGAUCAACCCCCGCCGUGAAUUCUACCACCUCAAGAAGGACUUCUUCCCGUGGGUCUACUACAACUCCAUGGUCAAGGGUACCUGGGGAGGACCCAAGGGAUGGAUCAAAUAG